AUGGCACCUAAACCGAUUGCAGCUAAAAAGGGAGAGAAGAAGAGCGGCGGUAAGGCAAAAUCCACGUCGGGCGACAGUACGAAAAAACGGCGAUCGAAACGGAAGGAGAGUUAUGCGAUCUACAUCUACAAAGUGUUGAAGCAGGUACAUCCUGACACCGGAAUCUCCAGCAAAGCAAUGGGUAUCAUGAACUCUUUCGUGAACGAUAUCUUUGAGCGCAUUGCUACAGAAUCCUCCCGUCUAGCCCACUACAACAAGAAGUCCACUAUCAGCUCCCGCGAGAUUCAGACAGCCAUCAGACUGCUCCUUCCAGGAGAACUCGCAAAGCACGCAGUCAGUGAGGGUACCAAGGCCGUCACGAAGUACACUAGUAGCAAGUGA